CUUCACCUUCCAAUACGUAAAAAAACUUUCAAUUCAAGGUCUUUUCUUGUCUGCGAGGGUGAAAUGAAUCCGAAGAAACUUGUUUUGUGUACAAAAGAUACAAACGCCGCCUAGCGACUAGUCAAUUCUUUACGAUCAGGCGGCAAACGAAAAAUCUUCCGCGACUUCAGAAUUCAUUUGGUCGGUCGAGAAUCAAUCGACAAUAAAUCGCUCCGUUAUGGAACCCACGAACACAAAUCGUACCGUAUUGCUGUCCAGCGGCUACACCAUGCCUAUUGUCGGACUGGGAAUGUUUUUGACCCGCAAUGAAAAUGAGCUAGACUCGGCGGUAACGGCGGCCAUCGAAGCCGGCUACCGGCACUUCGACACAGCCUUCGCCUACACGAACGAGCACUUACUGGGCCGUACCCUGAAGCGCAUUCUGGAUGACGAGAAUAAAGUCACCAGAGAAGACUUGUUCAUCACGACGAAGCUUCCGCCUAAUGGCCUGGACCCAAAAGAUGUGGAAUAUUUUUUCCGAAAAUCACUAAAAGAUUUGCAGUUGGAUUAUAUCGACUUGUACCUUAUUCACUUUCCCGUUGCAGCUAGGCGUACUGCAGAUGAUUAUGCUAUCUUUCCCAUGAAAGAGAAUGGCGAAUUUGAUGGUAAAGACAUCGAUCCAGUGGAUACGUGGAAAGUGCUAGAGAAUCUUGUGGACGAAGGAGUGGUGAGGUCCAUCGGAAUUUCGAACUUCAAUAGCGAGCAGAUCAGAAGAAUCUACGACAACGCGCGAAUUAAGCCGGCAGUUUUACAAGUUGAGUGCCAUGCAUAUCUACCACAGUUCGAACUGCAGGAACUCUGCAAAGAACUCAAAAUAGCCUUAACAGCUUACUCACCCAUUGGGGCGCCUGGACAACAGAGGGAUAAGGAACAUGCUUUGAUAGCAGAUCCGACUCUCACGCCCCUCUGUGAAAAAUACGGGAAAUCUCCUGCUCAGAUUUUGCUACGUUAUUUAGUUCAAAGAAACAUUAUCGUCAUUCCAAAGAGCACUAAUCCUAAGAGACUCAAGGAGAAUAUACAGAUCUUUGAUUUUUCUCUCUCCGAAGAAGAUAUGGAAGUGAUGAAAUCCAUGGCUAAAAAUCGAAGAUAUUUUUCAUUCACCAGCUAUAAAGGGAUGCCUGACCAUCCCCAGUUCCCGUUCCGAAUCCCUUACUGAAGCAAGAGUGGCUCAUGAACCGGCUUCUUCACGACUUGGCUUCAAAUUCCGUUGGCAUUAUGAUAAUUUCAUGAAAUGAUUGUAGAUGUCGCAAUUUUUGUUUUCCAUUCAUUCGGGCAUUGUAUUGAUUCCAUCUGUAUCAAUGGCAUGCAGUUGACUUUAAAAAUUGUAGCUUGUUUAUUGCACAACUUUUUGUAUCUCGAUUUCUAUUUUUAUUGCAAACUGAGAUGCGUUUAUGGAAGAUGAAAUAAUAAAAAUAUUGAUCCAUGAA